UUUGGCGUAGGCUUCUCUUCUUGACCACCAACAACCCCACAAACUUGAGAGAUGGCACCCAAGAAGGCCAAGAGGAGGCAGCAGCAGGGUGAGGGUGGAUCCUCCAAUGUGUUCUCCAUGUUUGAGCAGAGCCAGAUCCAGGAGUACAAAGAGGCUUUCACAAUCAUUGACCAGAACAGAGAUGGCAUCAUCAGCAAGGAUGACCUCAGGGACGUGCUGGCCACCAUGGGCCAACUGAAUGUGAAGAAUGAGGAGCUCGAGGCCAUGGUGAAGGAGGCCAGCGGCCCCAUCAACUUCACUGUCUUCCUGACCAUGUUCGGCGAGAAGCUGAAGGGUGCUGAUCCCGAGGACGUUAUCGUGAGCGCUUUCAAGGUCCUGGACCCCGAGGGCACUGGCGCCAUCAAGAAGGAAUUCCUUGAAGAGCUCCUGACCACCCAGUGCGACAGGUUCACCGCGGAGGAGAUGACCAACCUGUGGGCUGCUUUCCCCCCUGAUGUGGCUGGCAAUGUGGACUACAAGAACAUCUGCUACGUCAUCACACACGGAGAGGAGAAGGAGGAGUAAAUCCCCCUCUUUCAAGAUCUCUACCUCCAUUCAAACCCAUAUUCGCUGCACCUACAUCUACUCACUCCCCCUUGUCCAACGCCAUGGCCUCCUUGCACACAUUCGCGCCCCGGCCCGCUCUUUCCGCUUGCCAGCUCACUACGAAAAGACUUGUUUCCUUUAUAGAGAUACUCAGUGAGAGGACUGAAGGCUGUGGGGGUGUUUGUGUGUGAGUACCAACAGGGGAACAUGGGAUUAUUUUCAAUAAAAAAUAAUCUUGUGGCACUGAAACACUCUCCCUAUCUCUGUCCCUGCGUCUUGUUCCUCCUCCUUUUCCUCCCAUAACUCAUUCUGUCCUCCUGUGUUGAGGCCAACAGUGCAUGUAUCAUACCUACAUACAGUGUGUAUGCAAAUGCAGUCCAGCGUAUACAGCGGUGUGUCUAAAAUGGCUCUUGGGUGCUGUGGUGCAAGCACAGUCGCUUGCUUGAAACAAGUACGUAGACUGACCCAAGUGGUCUGUGAGUCUCAACCUGACACAGAGUGUUUAAUGGAUUUGUCCCUUUGUUUGCAUUGGGGAGGAGUGCACAGUAAAAGAGUGGGAGUACUGUACUAUAAUAGUUUGCCUACCCCUCUCUUUUUCUUCCUCUCUAAUCGACAGGUACAAAUGGAAAAGUUGCAGUGAAAAACAGGAAAGCAUGAUUUUCUUUUCUUUAAAUCUUGUAAACAGAGAAAGAGAUGGUGAAAGAUGGUG